GUCCUUCUUCUUUUUUUUUAAGUUUCUUUGGAUCACUCCCUGACUUUUCUUCUUUGCGGGCGGAUGCUGGCGGGGAUGCGUUGUUUAUGAGAGAGAGAGAGAGAGAGAGAGAGAGAGAGAGAGAGAGAGAGAGAGAGAGAGAGAGAGAGAGAGAAUGUGUUCCCCGUCUCAGCUCCUCCUCCGCCUCGCACUUUUUUGGUGCUUUGGUGCAUUCCAGAAAUCUUUUCGCCGCUAAUAAGUUCAUGCAAACGUUCCCUCCGCGUGCCAGCCCACUGAGGAACAUGUCCCCUGAGAGUGCAGUGUCAGCAGUUGAACCCAGGGUGCAUCGCCUCUCCUCCUGGUUCGACCCCGAAACUGCUGGGGUGGUAACCAUCCUCUUGGGGCUGUUCCAGGUGCUUUUGUCAGUCCCACUCGCUUACGCGGACCAAAGUCUGCCAAAACUCUUCAUUCUCCCACUUGUUUUAGGAAUACUGAUUGUGGCAGGAGGAUCAUUGACCAUUGCCAAUGAGAGGAACUCCAGCAGACUACUGCUUCGAGGUUGUGCAUGCAGUAAUGUGCUUGGCCUGCUGGUGGCGCUGUUGGCCUUCUGCCUCUACUGCUACAGCCUGAGCACCAUGCACAGCAAAGAGCUGUGUGGGCCCAGUGUGACGACGACGUCUGACUACGAUUACAGAGGAAGUUACGGAUGUCCCGAGGAACACCUGAUGGCCUACUGCUGGUGUUUGACACUGCUGCUGCUGCUCUACAACAUGGCAGCCGUGUUGCUGCACUCCCUCCUGUCUGUCUCCGCCCUCAAAGCACUAAAAACAGACUGACAGAAUCCUCAAAACCCCGCACUUCCACAAAGUUCUGCUCAUGAGAUCAGCCAUCAGAUUCUGCUUUCAACAGAGCCUGCCUAGCCUGCAUGGC